CCCCCCACACACACACACACACAUUUGUCCACAAGCAUGAAAAUUGAGCUAUACAAAAGGUGUUUUUUUUUAUUUGAUUUACAACCGCAAAAUGUAACAUUGUACGACUAGGCAUUGGUACAAUCUAGUAGAAGCCAGGAUAUUCAUUUUAAAGGUUCAAAAGUCAUUACAUAAAAGAUCAAUUCACUACUAGCUUCAUUUUGAUGAGAAAUAAAGCAAUAGCAUAGAUAUCUUCUCUGUUAUGAAUGGUCAUAGUAGAUGUUUCUCUUUCUAUCCAUUAUUGGCCCCUAUACUUGGAAUAUUUAAACUUAAAUACCACACCAAGCAAUCAAAGAUUCAAAAGAGCUUUCUAUUUUCUCUGAAUAGCAUUUUUGGCUGCAAACUGUUAAGUAUGGACACAACCUGCUCAGCUAGUGAAGACUUCUAUCAGCAAAGGUUGCAUCAAAUAGCAGGAGAUGCAGACAAAACUAAUGAUAUUUAUGUUUGUGGGCAGAAGCAGAAUUGUAAGGAGCACAUUAUAUUUUUUGGUGGAGAUGUACAGGAUUAUCCUGAAAAUAUGGAACGACAUCGUGACAAUAAACGCUAUAUUCAUUGGAACACAGAAUCCACAGCAAAACUGAUACAUCACAAAUUUCCAUCUUCACUUGUUUUUGUUGUCAAGCCAACAAGAAUGCACUUGUUAACAUUUGCUGUUUAUUCACAUUUUUUUGAAGCCAAUGACUUUGGCAAUCCCACCCACUCAGAUAACAGUGGAGCCAUCAGGCACUUGAAUUGUCUUUACAAUUCAGCAGUCAAAGUUGUGUAUUCAGAAGAUGAUGAAGGAUCAGAUAUUGCAAAUUUAAAUGUUUCUAUACGUCUCCUGGGAUUUAGCAAAGGGUGCACAGUCCUAAAUCAAAUAGUAUAUGAACUGCACUUGUCUGAUCAUGAUCCAGUUAUAAAAAGCUUUCUUGAAAAGGUAACAGCAUUUUACUGGCUAGAUGGUGGGCAUAGUGGGGGAGCCAACAGUCACACGUGGGUGACGGAUGACAGUGCAUUAAAACAACUGGCUUUGCUAGGCUGUGACAUUUUCAUUCAUGUUUCACCAUAUCAAGUUAGAGAUCCUAUGAGGAAAUGGAUUGGACAGCAAGAAUCUAAAUUUUACAAAAAAUUAAUGGCUCUAAAAGCUAAAGUUCGAGAAAAAGAGCACUUUGAGUCAGAACCUGCCUGUAUUGAGAAUCAUUUCAAAGUAUUAGAAGUAUUUUAAAUGUAUUUCAUUACUUCUGCUUUAAAUUAACUUUUAAAAUUUGUGGUUCUAAAAAUAAUUGUUAGAAUUAACUAUUUUAUGGAAGAAAACUCUACAAUAGUUAAAGCCUUCAAGGGUAAUCCUUUGUACCACAGAUAUACUUAAUGUGGGUGAAAUAGUUUGUUUCUUAAGGUCAAGGCCAGAAUUGAGAAAUUUAAAAAUAUUCCAUUCUAUUAUGAAUCAAAAUUUUUAUUAUUAUUCUACAAGAAAUGCUUUGAAUCUUGAUACCUGCUGUGAUGUUUUUAAAGAACACUGGUUUAUAUGUAUGAACAGAUUUUUUUUUGUCUUUUCUUACAAUAUGUUUGUUACUAGAUAAGAUUGUCUGCUUUGAAAUAUUUUUGUUGACAGUUUUAAAUGUUAAUGUUGAAAAAAAAUUUAACUUAUCAAAUUACUACAUUUCCAGCUACAUUGAUCAAUAAAAAAAACAUUUAUGCUAAAGAAAUAUUAUUAUAUAUUAUUUUUUAAGUUUAAUGGAAUAGACCAAUAAUUUGUGUUAACGCAUGCUAGGAGAUGUAUACAGGUAUAUAAUAUUAGCACAUGAAACCAAGUGCUUUGUAAAAUGUUACAGAGAUUUUCUUUUUCAGCUCCUGAGUUUUGAAAAAGUUUAUCUUGAAUAUUAAAUGGGGGAAAAAAAAACCUUUUUAUUGGUGCUUGUAUGCCAAAAAGCAUUUUCCCACAAUUUCAAUUCAAACCACUAUUGCAGAAUUUGAACCGGAAAACUCUGAGCAUAUGCUAGUUUGCUUAGCAAUAAGCUCUUUGCCUUCACUUAUCCAGUCUGUUAAGGCAACACAAGUGAACUGCUCACUAGUCCUACUUCUGUUUUCUGGUAAACUUAACAUUUCAUCCUGUGUAGUCCUGCCAAUUCCCUGAUAUCUUCUUUUUGCUUCUGCCUCUCUUUUCUUGCGGAUUGUUAUUCAUGGGCUCUGUGCUUAUUGUGAUAUUGUUGCACCAGUUUAGUUUGUGUUAUUUGUCAAUGUAAAGAAGAUUCGUAUGAGGUCCGCCCAGUUGACUUUUUAGUCUUGUCACAAGUAAUUGUUUUUUUAUGACUACAGAUGAUGCAUAACAUUCUAAUGUAAAAUAGUCGAAGACAUUGUGAAGACCAUUCUGAUCUCUGAGUUAAGGAAUAUACUUUUGUCAUUCUAUGUUGUCUGAGCUCUAUAGGAGUUGUUUUUGUCAGGAUUAUUCUAGAAAACAAAUUAGGUCUGGAGCCUUCAUUUUAAAAAGUGCUGCAAGUUAUGGGGGAAAAAAAAUUGCUUUCUUUUCUCAGAUUUGGUUGUUGGUAGUGUAGCCCAAUGCAUUGUUGCAAAUUUUUUGGUGGGGCUUUGAUUUUUAUGCAAGAUUAUUUCGAUGUAUUCAAGUAUUAUCUCUGCCAAUUACGAAGUUAGCAGCUUGCUAGCUCUUUGUCCUGCCUGCAAACCAGUUUGAUUGUCAGCAAUCUGCAGACAUUUAUCACAGUUUCUUUAUAUCAUAGACUUUCACAUCAUCUUCCAUAAUCCUUUCUAAAAAGAUCUUAGGUCAGAGUCUAUAUGACUGUAUCUAGAUCUAUAACUAGUCAACUUAAGCUCAGGUAGACAUGCUGGUGAAGCACCCCAAAGAAGAGUUUGUUGUUAUUUAUAGUGUAGUAACUCCAGUGGCGGACCGAAAGGGUUAAUGUGUGUGCGGCCUACUGAUACACACGACUAAGG